AUGGCUGAGGGAAAGCUCAAUAUCACUCCAAAAAAAUAUCUAAAAGAAAAUAAAUACUUUUGUUUUUUGUGUGGUAUCAACUUGCCGGAUGCGAAGAGAAGAGCAAGAAUAAAUAGUUCAGUUGCCAAGCUGUUAUCUGAUAUUCUUGAAUGUGAACUUGACACCAUCGAUGUAACAGGAUACCUUUGCAACGAUGACUGUUAUAAAAACACGAAUAGAUUUGCAGCACUGAGAACAUCGUUGGCGUAUCUGUCUGCAACAUUAAAAGACAGACAAUCACAUGCUCAUGCAUGUAAAACUUCAGUGCGAUUCAAACGUGGAGUUCCGAGCGACGUGAAAGAAACAUCGCAACCCGCGCAGCGUCGGAAGAGUCUGAAUAGUGUUUUCUGA